GUCUUCCUAUACGUGUGACCCAACCUUAGGUGGGCCGUAUCUGACGUGGACGGCCCAGAUUUGGCCUCCUAUUUCUUCUUCUUCUUCUUCUUCUCUCUGAAAGUGGAAAACUUUCUCAAUUCAGAAAAAAAGAAAAAAAAAAACCCAAUUUCGAUUCCGCUAUGAGUUGAGAUCACCAUCAUCAUCGUUCACAAAAAGAAAGAAAUUCCAAUUGUCUUGAGGUGAAAACCAUGGCGGAGAACGUAGCUUCAUCCCCCAAACCCCUACAACCCGCAAACCCCAACAUGGACCCGACGUCGACGACAACCUCAACAGUAUCAGCAGCGGCAGCCAUAGCCAUAGGUAGCCCCGCUAAUGUCACCAACACUAUGAUUCCUCAAAACCCAUCAAAUUUAUCAAAUUCUUCGAUGAACCCACAAAUCCAGUCUCCUUCAACUCUUUCCCAAUCCCCUCAAAUUUCGUCUCCUCCACUCCCUCCUCUUUCCAACGUCUCUCUCGCCCAAUCACAACAACAACAAAUCUCGCCCGCCGUUGGAUUAGAUUUCCAGUCAAAAACCCAUCUUCAGCCGCAGCAAGCUCAGAAUGUGAACUCCAUGUCGAAUUUUCAACUCCAACAAAGCCUACAGCGGUCUCCGUCGAUGAACCGAAUGAAUCAAAUUCAGCAGCAGCAAAAUCAGCAACAGCAGCUUGGCUUGAUGAGGCAACAAGCAGGCUUAUAUGGGCAGAUGAAUUUCGGUGGUUCGGCUUCAAUUCAGCAGCAGACUCAGCAACAACAGCAGCAGCAAAUGGGUUCCGGGAAUUUGUCACGAUCGUCUUUGAUUGGUCAAAGUGGGCAGUUACCGGUGUUGCCUGGCGCAGCUGCUGCACAAUUUAAUUUGCAGAAUCCGAUGCUAACCUCGCCUAGGCAAAAAGCUGCAUUAGUACAAGGAUCACAGCUCCAUGCAAGUAAUUCUGCGGGGCAGGCUUUACAAGGAAUGCAAGCUAUGGGGAUGAUAGGGUACUCACAGUUGAGAGCUAAUGGGGCUCUGGCUUAUGCUCAGCAGCGAAUGAAUCCGGGUCAGUUGAGGCAACAAUUAUCACAACAAAGCUCGCUUACCUCUCCUCAGGUUCAAAACUUACCGAGGACAUCGUCGCUGGCAUUUAUGAGCACUCAGCUAUCUGGAUUGACUCAGAAUGGACAAGCAGGUUUGCAGAACUCGUUGUCGCAGCAGUGGUUAAAACAAAUUCCUGCAAUAUCUGGACCCGGCUCACCCUCAUUCCGCCUUCAACAGCAUCAGCGGCAGCAGCAGCAGCAGGCUAUCUUGCAGCAGCAUCUGGCUUCAUCUCCUCAGUUGCAUCAAAGUUCAAUGGCCCUGAACCCACAACAGUUAUCCCAGAUUGUGACGCAGCAAUCAUCGAUGGGGCAUCCGCAGUUGCAACAGCAGCAACAACAGCAGCAGCAGCAGCAACUUCAGCUGCCACAGCAACAACCUUCCUUGAAUCUUCAGCAGCAACACUCCCCAAGAGUUCAUGGGCCCUCAGGUCAAAAGUCUCUCAGCUUAACAGGAUCUCAACCAGAUGCUACUGCAUCAGGAACAACUACACCUGGGGGAAGUUCAAGCCAAGGAACAGAGGCAACUAAUCAGCUUCUUGGGAAAAGGAAGAUACAGGAUUUAGUCUCACAGGUGGAUUCACAGGCAAAAAUAGACCCCGAAGUUGAAGAUAUUCUAUUGGAGAUAGGUGAUGACUUUAUUGACAAUGUGACAACAUUUAUAUGCAAUUUGGCAAAGCAUCGUAAAUCUUCAACAGUAGAGUCCAAGGAUUUAUUGCUACACUUAGAAAAAAAUUGGCAAUUGACCGUUCCAGGAUUUGAAGAGCAGAAGUUCCAAAACAGACCAUCAGUAAGUGAUCUUCACAAGAAACGUAUGGAUAUGAUACGAACAUAUAUGGAAUCCUCACAGUCCGAAACAAAUACAAUCAAUCGGAAAGAUAUCAGACAAGGGAUUGGUAACCCAGUUGGCGCUAACCACCUUCAGAGACCUUCCCUUAGUUCAGAGCAGUUGAUUUCACAACCAACUGGUUCGCAAAUGUUGCAGCAAAUGACACGAUACUAAUCAAUAUACCUCGUUAUAUCAUACUUUUUUUCGGUCUUCUUGCUGAUUGAACACAAGGCCUGUACCUCGUGGUUGUUUUGGCCAAAAGCAAAGACAUGGUUUGGGAAUGAUGAAAGCACAACACAAGAUGUAAUUACUUUUCUUUAGUGUGUAAAGACAUGAGAGAACUAUAUUUGGUUAGGCAAAUCCACCUCUAAAUAACUCUUCCUAUGUAUUCCUUUUAUCAUUUGAUUCGGCCCCAAGUGCAAUUUGAAUGGGCCUAUGAGGCCAACUACAAUAGAGCUCUUCUUGGUUGGUCUCAGUAAUCUAAUUUAUUUAUAGACAGAGGGUGUUUUUCUUUUU